AUGCCUUUGACACUUCCGCGAAUACAAUCCAGCAUGUUGGGGACCCGAGUUUCCCAUGCUCGUUCUAUUUCACGAAUUUACAGCCAACCUCGAUUCGUGAUUCCCCCCUUGGUCAGCCAACCAUGCCGACACUUCUCCCGUGAACGUUUCGCCGGUGCGGUGUCUCCAUCAAUCAAAGAGAAGCUUCCAGACCCUGACUUGAAUCCUUUCCGAUUCAGUGAAUUUGACCUCCAAGGCAAGGUGUUUGUAGUCACCGGAGGUGGGCGAGGUCUGGGAUUAACAUUGGCUGAAGCUCUCGUCGAGGCUUCCGGAGAGGUAUAUUGUCUGGAUAAACUUCUAGAGCCCGAGAAAGAAUUCCGUCUGGUGCAAAGACGGCUAGGACCUCAAUAUGGAGGGGCCUUACAUUACCACCAGGUCGACGUUCGUGAAGCCGAUAAUGUGGAUCGAGUCAUCUCCGAUAUUGCUGCCCAUCAUCAACGAAUGGACGGUUUGAUUGCGGCCGCCGGGGUCCAAUACGUCACGCCAGCACUCGAAUAUCCUCCCGACAAAAUCAUGGAAAUGCUGGAUGUCAACUACAAAGGCGUCUACUGUUCAGCUGUCAGUUGUGCCCGUCAAAUGAUCGAGUACAAUUGUAGUGGGUCGAUCCUAUUGAUUGCUAGCAUGAGUGGUCUUGUCGCGAAUAAGGGCUUUACUUCAUCGGUCUACAACUCAUCCAAGGCUGCUGUUUGCCAACUAGCUCGCAGCCUGGCAAUGGAAUGGGGCAAGGCCGUCAAAGGCAAGCCGAUCCGAGUGAAUGCACUUUGUCCCGGCAAUAUCAUUACUCCGAUGGUGUUGAAAAAUUUCGCGGACGAUCCCAAAUUGAAAGAAUUGUGGGAGAGAGAAAAUAUGCUCGGACGCUUAUCUCAGCCUGCUGAGUACAGAGGAGCUGCGUUGUUUUGUCUGAGUGACGCGAGUACAUUCAUGACUGGAUCUCAGCUUAUUAUCGACGGAGGAUACACCGCAUGGUAA